AUGGCUGACGACUCCAAACUCUCUUCUCCAGAGAAGCUCUCUCCACAGCCAGAAGGUGAAUCCUUCCUCUCACAGCCGAAUUCCGAUGCUCAAGGCCAGCUCGCCGCAGCCGUAGACGAUCUGCUCAACGAGCUUCAAAGCAAAUUUGAUUCUGUAUCUACAGAAAUGUUCGGAAAGCUGGAUGAAAUGACCAAGCGUCUCGACGAGCUAGAGGCAUCGUUGACUACGUCUUCGGGGUCUGCUACCCCAACCCCGUCCAGCUGA